CGGAUGAGUGCAGAAAUGAAAACGAAUCAAACGAGUUGUUCCUUCGAUGUGCAUCAGUCGCAACGUUUAAUUUACGUACGUCCAUGGCAAACGUUUGUCUUUACUUGUUUGUGUUGAUUUCAAUCGCAUCGAUCGUCCAAUGCCAGCAACUCGAUGACGAAGAGGAACAGACCGUCACCAUUUUACCGAAUGGCGAAAUUGUUGUUCGACUCGAUCAACAUCUGAUGUUGACAUGCAGAAUCGACGGUCCUCAAGUGACACGUUGUUUGUGGGAGAUCGACGGUGUUUUUCAACCAUCAACAGUCCUCAGUACGGCAAUCGAAAAUCGAAGAUAUCAAUCACAAAAUUAUGGAAGAUGCCACAUUGUAAUGAAGGUGACACAGCAAGAUAUUGGCCAGUGGACGUGUUACAUGUUUACCGAUGAGUCUGACAUUCCCAAGAAUGCCACCAAGGAAGUUUCUUUAUUCCACAGGAGGUCGUCACUCUCCGGACUCGUCACCAUCAUAAUAGUAGGACUGAUUAUACUAGCGAGUUACGUGGGUGGUUUCGCUCUUCAGAAAGCAUGCCAGUUCAAUAACCAAAGAUGGCAAGCAAUCUCGAAAAUGGCAGAACCUACUGCGUCAACGACAUUACGUCCGAUGAGAAGCCAGGAGUCGUCACAGUAUGAGAACAGCGCGUGUUACGAUGACGCUAUUGAAAUGACUACAUCACCCCAUACAGCCAAAGGUCAUCCCUGACGAAAGACACAAGACACGUAGAAAAAUUGAUUUAAUAGUCGAUGUUAAUGACAUUGCCAAAAAUGGCGCAAAAAUAACAACUUCAAUCAGCAAUCUCGUGUAAUACAACAGUUUUCUAUUGA